AUGGCCACUGGUCAUCAUGCGGACGAAGCGCACCAUCGUGGAGGAAGAAGUAGCGACGCCGUCGGAGAGAACUACAUGAGGGGCCUCUACGGCGACGACGACUACAACGCCAGCCACUAUGGCCAGCAGCAGCAGUCAGCGGCCAUGGCGGUGGCCAAGGCGCUAGCCUCCGCCACGGCGGCCUUCACCAUGCUGGUGCUGUCGGGGCUGGCGGUGACGGGCACAGUGCUGGCGCUCAUCGUCGCGACGCCGUUGCUGGUGAUCUUGAGCCCCGUGCUGGUGCCGGCGGCCAUCACGGUGGCGCUGCUCACGACAGGCUUAGUCUCGUCAGGAGGGUUCGGCGCGGCCGCUGUGGCCGUGCUGGCAUGGAUGUACCGCUACCUGCAGACGACGACCUCGUCGUCGGAUCAGCAGCAGCAUCAGCAGUCCGGCAAGGCGCACGACGUCAAGGACUGGGCGCAGCACCGCCUGGAGCAGGCACGCGCGCACUGA